AUGAUUUAUAAAAUAUUAAAUAGCUGGAGGAUAUCUUUUUUUUUCAAUUUGGCUACCUUUAUAAUACAGCAAUUAGGAUUAUAUUACAUAUUAUUUGACUAUAAUAAACUUAUAUUGUUAAUAAGUAUAUUUGAUAUAUAUAUCUUUAUUCAUUUUUGUUUCAAUUAUUCACAAAGUUUUGGUGCUGUGAAAGGAGGAACUUGUUGGUUACUUUAUGUGUAUUCUAUAUCAAUUAAAGUAAUAUUUGUGUAUUUUUUUGCAUUUAAAGAUGAAGUAGUUUUAGAAGAUAUGAAUAAGGAUUAUUAUAACAAAUCAGUAAUAUUUUUAUUAUUAAGUUUAAGUACUCUUAUAUAUACAGCAUUAUCAAUUAAGUCCUAUAAACAGCUGUAUCCAAAUGAAAUUCCUAUAUCCAAUGAAAAAAUUUUUCAUAACGAUUUAAUUUUGCAUGUAGUUAUUGAUUUAUUUGAUAUAUUUGAGUUAUUAUUUACUCUUUUAAAAUUGUCUUAUAUUAUUAAGAAUACAAAUUUUUGGAUUAAAAUAUGUGGAGGAGUCCUAAUAUCCUUUUCCCUAUAUUUAAAUGCCUAUUCAUUUCCUAUUAUUUCAAUAGUUAGAGAAAAGAACAAUAAAAAUUUAGAUUUAGGGGAUAUUUAUUUUUGUAAAAAGCAUGCAGCUGUAAUAGGUAUCAUUUUAAUUGAUAUACCUUUUAUGAUAUUAAGAUUCUAUUUUUUAACAUUUUUUUUUUCUAGUAUUCAUUUUCAACCUCUCUUAAUUAAAAAUAUUUGCUUUAUUCCUAUAAAGUGUAUUAAAAUAAAAUAUUGUAAUUUAAUAUUUGAAAAAUUAAGAAAAAAAAUUGACUAUUCUAAUUAUACGAAUAAGGAUAAAGCAGUAAAAUCAGACGAAGAUAAUUAUAGUCCUUAUCAUAUAAAAAGUGCCAAUAAAUCUAAUCUAAUGGAUAUAUCAUUAAUUCAUAAAAAAUCUUUGUUAGAUUUUAAUGAUAUCUUAAAUAAUUCUUUUGAUAUAAAAUCUAUAAAUUCACUAAAAAAUGAUACAACUAUUAAUUAUACUAAAAAAAAUACUUGCUUAAAUAUUAAUCAUAAAAACGAUAAUAUCAUAGAAAGUGAUCAAUGCCACAAAAUUCCAACAAGUGCAAGUAUAUAUUUUGAUUCUCAAAUUGAGAAUCAAAUAUUAAAUUAUAGAAAAAUAAAUAAAGAUAAAAUAAGUAAAAAAAUUAUAAUGAAAAAGUUAAUGUAUACUAAUGUUUCUAAUAACGAAAGAUAUCGAUCCUAUUUAGAUGAUACUCUCAAAAUUUCUUAUUUAAAUCAAUUACGUUUAAUGAUACCUUAUAUAAUAUAUUGCCUAGGAAAAAUAGCUAUGUCUAUUGUUUUUUAUAUUUUUUAUAAAAAAAUGGGAAUAAAUGAUUUGAAAUAUAUAUUAACUGAAUCUAAAAGGUACUCCCAACUAAUUGAACAUCAUAAUAUUAUUUUUAUUGUUUCUCUUUCUAUUAUAUUAGGGAAUUCUAUUAUUUCAUUUUUUUCUUUUAUUUUUUUAGCUUCAUUUAUUGAAGUUCUCUUUCUGACUUUCUUUAUCUUUAUUAAAUGCUUUUCAGAUUUUUUAUUUUUAUUGCUACUCGUAUAUAAUGAUGUUUUCGAAAUAUUUCUAAGAAAUUUAAAUCAAACAAAUAAAUAUACUCCUUAUUUUUUUUUAAUCUUUGCAGUAAUACCUUCAUUUAAAAUAAUAAGAAAUAUUUACAUUUUUUUAUGUUCCUUAUCUGGAAGACAGUUUAUAGGAUAUAUAAUUAGACCUUUUAAUAGUGCAAAAAAUAAAAGUAAAUUACCAAAUUUUUUAAAUAUUAGAGAAUACAAUAAUAAUAUAUCACAAAAUUCAAAUUAUUUAAAUGAUGAAUUCAAUUUAUUUAAUAAAGAGCUAUAUUCAAAAAAUGGAUUUAAAGGAGACGAAAAAGGGUUUAUUUCAAUUGCAUCACUUUUAAUAUAUAUAAAUACAAAAAAUAUGCAUGGUUUAUGCUCUUUAUCUACCUUAAUUAUAGGAAAUAAUUUUAUAAAAAAUUUACGAUUAAAUUAUAAUUUAAGAAAUAAUCAUUUCUUACUUAUAAUUAUAACUUUUUUUACCAGAUUUUCCUUAUUAUUAUUUCUUUAUGUCCAUUAUAACUCAAAUAAUACACUACAUAAUUACAUAAAGUAUAUAUAUUACUUUAUUAGUGCUGUAUUUUUAUUAGAUUUCCUUUUGAAAUGUCUCUAUAUGUUUCUUUCUCAUAACCUACGACUAUGUGCUUCAUACAAUUUAGAACUAAAAUCCAUCUACGAAGAUAUUUAUUAUUAUAGUAAAAAUAAGAAAGAGAAUCAUAAAAAUUAUUUAAAAGAUAUAUAUAAAAAAUAUCUGAUUAAUAAUUUUUAUUAUUAUACUAUUCCAUUAUUUUCAGAAUUUAUAUAG